UCUGACUGACCCCUGCAACAACUACACUGUGUUGAACGACUCAUGGAGAUACAUUGGUAGUUCACAACCCCUUGUCAUGUGUGACACUUCAGUCUCCUGGAGCGGCUGGUAUCGGCUCUUUAUUAACGGUCUGAGCGCUCAGAUCCCAGACACAUGUGUUGACAUGUAUAGCUGUGGCACUGCUGUCCCACUGUGGAUUAGUGGUGGACACCCAACAGUAGAGGAUGGAAUCGUCAACCGAAGUGUCUGCAGUCAAUGGUGCAGGGACUGCUGCUAUAACAGCUAUUUUUCCAUUAGGGUCAAAGCCUGUCCAGGAAAUUAUUCUGUCUAUGAGCUGAUUAGUCCAUUGAUUUGCUCAGCCUACUGUGCAGAUGUACAUACAACACUGGAGGAAAUAUGCACUGAUUGGACUGCUAAAGAUUGUCUCGUAAAUAUUCUUGAGCUGGUAGAGAACAUCACAGUUCAAGUGCUUCCUUUAAAUACUGUGACCAACCAUUUAGACAUGGUCCUUGAAGCCACAGAGAGGUUUUUAGUGUCUUCAUCGUCAGACAGCUCAGCUGAACUGACCUCAUAUGGAAACCGUGUGUUACAAUCCACUGAGAAACUCAUUUCUACAUUGGUGAAGCCGACAGACACAAGUGCCAAUGUCAGUUUUACUCUUGAGGCUGUAGAGGGACAAGUCUUCAUGGUUGGACCAAAUGUCACUUUAGAUGAAAUCCCUCGACUAAACACAACUAAUGCCUUUGUGGACAUUGAUCUUAUUGGCAUCGCCAAGAACAACAAGGACACGCGAUCUGCUGCUGUGGCUUUCAUGAGCUACACCACAAUGGAGAAUCUACUGAAGGCCGACUUCUUCAACACACAAAAUAACACAAAUAAAACCAUGAUGUCCACUGUGAUCUCAGCUACUCUUCCCAAAACCAGCAACACUACACUCACCAAAGCAGUCAACUUCACCUUCAGACACAUCAGAGAGUUUGACCCCAGCGGUUCUCUGUCCUGUGUGUACUGGAAUAUCAGCGAGUGGAUUGUAGAUGGUUGUUCUGUGUUAAACAGCAACAGCAGCCACACUGUGUGUUCCUGUGUUCAUCUGUCCACAUUCGCUCUCAUUAUGAAGACCAGCAGCAGUCCACCACCGAGCGAUCUGCUGGAUCUGCUGGAUCUGGUGUGUGUGAUCGUGGGUCUGGUGUUCUUCAGUUUGGCUCUGUUGUCCUUUGCUCUUUGUCAGUGGAGUCCUGGAAUCAAUAAUGUGGCUCGAAUCAACAUCUGCAUCAGUCUGCUGUCGGCUCACCUUCUGUUUCUGCUCACACAACAGUUCCUGAGCCUCAUUCGCCCUCAGCAGGUGUUGUGUGUGGUGAUAGCAGGCCUUCUGCACUUCCUCUUCCUCUCCGCCUUUGUGUGGAUGUUCAUUGAAGCUGUGCUGCUCUUCUUCUGUGUCAAGAACCUAUCACAGGUCAGCUCUAAAAAGAAGGAGGUGCUUAGCAGUGGAUUCCUGUGUGUGAUUGGAUAUGUGGUUGCUCUGAUUGGGGUGAGUGUGUCUAUUGGGCUGGUUCCAGAAGGAUACGGCAGUGAACAAUGCUGGAUUAAAAUAGAUAAAGGCUUCUUCUGGAGUUUUUUGGGACCUGUUUGCGUCAUACUAGCAUUGAACGUGAUUCUCUUCAUCAGCAUCGGCAUCUAUCUGAACUCAGCCCUCAAAAAACUGAACGCUGAAGUUUCACAGUUGAAACAAACCAAGGUUAUGGUGUUUAAAACACUGGGUCAGUUUGUGGUUCUUGGUUGUCCUUGGAUUCUGGGUUUCUUCACUGAUGUCAAUAUGGUGGUGGAGAUCGUUUUCCUCAUCUUGAACUCCCAGCAGGGAACCUUCAUCUUCCUGAUCUACUGUGUGCUCAGUACUGAGAUCAGGCAGCAGUACAGGAAGAUCUUCACAUGUCUUUGUUGUGGACGCGAAACCAACAACAUAAACACAGCCCUCAAAUCACGCUGAGUAGUACAGUUCAGGUUGAGGCAAUGCAAUUCUAUCAUUGUUUACACGUUAAACAUGACAGCUAUGACUUUCACUAUCUAACAUCUUACACUGUGCUUAUUUUACUAAUACAUUUGUGUUUUAUUUUAUAAUGUUUUAAUAAAUGUAACUUCAAAUCAUGUUUUGUUUUAAACAUUUUAUUUAAAACUCUUUA